GAUGCCCGCGCCGUGGUGCGGGGGCUGCUUCGUCUGGACCCCGCGGCGCGCUCCGGCCUCGCGGCCGCGCGGGGCGACCCGUGGCUGCGGCUGGGCGGAGGCGCGGAGGCGGACGGCGGCGAGGCUCCCGUGGGGCCCCCCACGAAGCGCCCGCGGGCGGCCGGCAAG